CUCCCAAUUGGAGGUUCAUUUCUUGUCUCUUUUUUCUUCUUUUUUGUGGUAAUUUUAUGGCUUAAUAUGCAUUCUUCUUUGCUUCCCAGUAAGUAGAGAAAUCAGAAUAGGUCAAUAUUUGUUGUAGCGGAUAUUAAUGUGCAAGAGUUGAACCCUCUGAAAUGUACUAGAUCUAAUUUCUGGUGCAUAAAUCUACAUUUUGGUCAAAAUUAUGUAUAUCACGGGAAUUUUAGUAGCUAAGUAGGAUAAUCUGUUUAGACUGCAUCAACUAAACAAAAUUUGAUCAUAUUGGGGAAAAUGGGGGCACAUGUAAAAUGGGAUGAGGCAAAUCUGGAAGAAAUUGAGGUAAAUAAGCCAGUGAGGCAGAAAAUAACUGAACCAAAGACACCAUUUCACCGUUCGAUCGACGAUGAUGAUGGAUCUCCAUCUCCGUGGGAUACUAUUGAGGAGGCCAGUGCAUUGGAUGAAGCUUCUUCCAGUGAAAAUAAAUCCCGCCAGUCUGGCUGGCCAUCUUCUGACGAUGAGGCUGAUAUCAUGGACCAAGACGACGAAGAUUCUGGUUCAGAAAGGAGCAGGAGCUUUAGGGAGCACAGGCGAGCACACUAUGACGAAUAUAGGAAAAUCAAAGAACUGCGUAGAGAGGGCUCCUCUCUUGAAGGAGCAUCCGACGAUGAGAUUGAGGAUCUUGAGAAAAGGGAUGGUAGGUGUAAUACAUCAUCGUCAUUGACAUCUGCUGUUGAGGGCAUUGACAUUUCAGAAGGAAGCACAGACGAUUCUAAAUAGUCCUCUGUCACAGGUAAUUGAACAAGGAUGGUCCUGAAAAUGUGCAUUUUAUUUCUGAGAAUGUUGUUACCAUAACCCGUUCUGUUUUUCGUACGUUCACUUUUGCUUGUAAGUUGUAUGCAUAUAGAUGGUAUUUAACAUACAGGAUAAACAUCUUCCGUUCAGUGGUUGCCAUAA